AUGUUUUCUGUAGAAAUCGGUAACAACGCACGUUUACACACAAGAAGUACCAAAGCAAACGGCAACACAAACAAAAAGAAACUCGAUGCAGAGAGAAGUUAAAACCGCAUCUUUCAAAACUUGCGUCGUUUUUUUUUUUCUUUUCAUUUAUUUCAUUUGAAGUUGUGCAUUGAGUGACAUAGGGGCUACAUAAGCAGUGUUGAAUUGGUAAGCAUCCAGUCAUCACAAGCAUAGAUUGUUUUUAAGUGAAUUGGACACAACGAUUUAUGGACGAAUUUUUGAACGAUUGUCGAUUGGUGGAAAGAAUGGUUUGCUGCGGUCAGCAGUCUUGAUGCGGACGACACAGUGAUCACAUUUACAUUUUUGAAUUUAUUGUCCUCAUUUCAAAUCGAUUUCGUUUAAAAGCUUAAAAUCUGUGCAAAUAGACGUGAAACGAAACGAAUAACACGAGAGAAAAAAAGACCAACCAACCAGCAAAUUUAAAUGCAUAUAAAUAAAGUGAUUUCAGUGUUUGCAAAAAAAGUGAUGGACACGUGCGAAUAACAUAAAGCUUAUUGCCAAGAGCAUACAUUGCAAUACUAUCAUCGAACCAAGCGAAAAUUGCAUAAUUUGAUAAUGAAUUUCAGACGGCAUUUUGCCUAUCAUUCGAUACUUGUGUGUGGCUUAUUUGCGAUUUUAACGAGUACGGUUGCAAAACCAUCGUUUUCACUGACCCCAUCGUUGCCGUCGCUCACAUCAUUCACACAGGAAUAUGUCGGCCGAAAGCAUGCUGCACAAAUGAAAAGCUAUAGCGGUAUUCGCCAGCAAAAUGAUUCGUUGAUAAUGAUUUACUACUCAGACCAAACAAUCGCAAUUGUCGAACUUGGACCUGAAAAGCUGUUAAUAGGCUGUGAACUAAUUGAAAUUUAUAGUGAGAGUGCCGGGAAUAAACUAUUGAAACAUUUGUCGAAACUAAAUCGACCAUUCGAAAUCCAAUUUAAAGAAAUGCUCGAAUUAAUGAACCAAUGUGAUAUUGUUGAGAAACAGAAUCUAAAACGUAAUGAACGUCGAAACAUAAGCCCAUCGAAUGGCGAUACCAGCAAAUCGUUUCAAUUCAAAAAUAAUCCAUUUUCCGUAUUCAGUGGAAUCAUACCGGGCACAAAAUGGUGUGGUACCGGAGAUAUAGCAACAACGUACAGCGAUUUGGGUACCGAAGUGAAUAUGGACAGCUGUUGUCGAACUCACGACUUAUGCCCUGUUAAAAUUCGCGCUUAUGAAGCCAAGUACAACAUCACGAAUGAUUCACUAUACACGAAAUCGCAUUGCGUGUGUGAUGAUAUGCUGUUUGAUUGUUUAAAGAAGCUGAAUGAUACGCCAGCUGCACAGCUUAUGGGAUCUAUUUACUUCAAUAUUGUACAGGUUCCAUGCAUUCACGAAACGUCGAAAGGUAUUCAGUAUAGAAAAGCGAGAGAAGGUUUCUAAAGCCCAACUUUUACCACAAAAUUUAUAUUAAUCAAAUUGUACAUUUAGUCACAUAUACCGUCCACGCUCAUUAUCGUGCCGUUGUUAAGAUAUUUUUUUUUGUCAAAAAAAUGAAGAAAAAAAAAUUGUUGGCAUUAUUUAUUUGCUGUUUUUGAUGAAACUGUUAUUAUGUACGAUGAAAAGAUCACACAAAUUUUAUUAAAUUAAAAAUGAAAAUAAAACGUAAAUACAAUGUAGUACAAAA